AUGGUGAAGGAACGAUUCAUCAUGAACCCGUUCACGGAGCUCUCUUUGACCGAGCACGACCACGCGCAGCUCAAGGAGGUCGCGAACAACCUCAUCCUGGCCAACCUCGAGAAGUACACGACGUACCAGGACGAGAAGAAGAAGGGCGUAGAUCCGCGUCGCUGGAAGCUCUGCAAGCAGCGCCAAGGCAUCAAGAUGUACGUCGAGCGUCAAGGAACCGCGUCCGUAGGCGAGAACAUCACGGGCAACGGGCUGCCUCUGAUCUGGGGCCUUGGCAACAAGGAAGGCAAGCUGGACGACCUCAUGUUCGGGCUCUUGAGCCCCACACUCGAAGCUAUGCGCGUCAAGGCCUCAUACGUCGACGACUUCAGUGGAGCCGCAGUGCUCGACAGCAUUAUCGAGCCCACACUAGAAGAGCCGCUCCAGGCUCUGACCAUCAAGUGGAUGGAGGCCGACAUCCCAUUUGCCUCGACGAAACUCGUGAAGAACCGCGACUACGUGUACAUCGACGCCACGGGCUUCAUCCGCUGGAGAGAUAGCGAGCGUUUGGCGUAUCACCUCAUGCACUCCGUGAACUUCCCGAAGACACCCGAUCUGCCCAACCGCGUGCGUGGCAACAUAUCCGCAAUUGCGUUCUGGCGCCAGGUUGAGCCCAACACUAUGGAGCUUUACGGUACAGUCGUGAUGGACCCUGGUGGUGAAAUGAUCAAGAAGCUUGCAGUGCCCAGCAUGGCCGGAGUCUACUUCUGCACGUUGAAGUAUGUCUACUGUGCUAAGAUGAAGAAGCUCCACUACAUGCUGGACAAGAAGUACGCCGAGUUCAAGCAGAACGGCACUCCGAAUCACAAGAAUGUCUGCGUGACGUGUUCGGCUUCGAUAACGACCCGGCGACUCGGCGAUUUCGGUAAGAGCAACAGCACGUGCAAGCUGUGCUUUGGGUUCGUAUGCCACGCGUGCAAGAUCGUCCGCAAAUUGAGUUUCGUGGACCCAGAUCUGACCCUCUUGAAGCGCAAGGUGACGUUCUGUACUGCAUGCAUCCAUGAGGCCACAAGUAUGAGCUCCGUGGACGUCGCCCGAUCGCAGUUGAUGGCCAGUGGCAAGACGUACAGGUCGUAUUCGGCCUUGCUGUCGUCCGAGUCGUCGGACGAAAUCAGCAUCAGUAGUGCUAGGUCUGACUUUUAA